GUGAGUGUGGAUGUUAUUGACUGCUAUGCUGCCUAUCUGAAUCCGGAGCAAGUGAGAAGAGGGCAACUGAAAAGAUGGGUGUUCUAUUCAGGGCUGGCGCAAAAAGUGCAAGCGAUAGUGAAAGACUCUGGACCACUGCCUAAUUUUUUUGAAGAGACUGGUGAAAUUAUUACAAGUUGCAAGUGGAUACCAGAUGGUUUGGAUUUCUCACAAUGUGAUUAUUGGAUAUUCCCCCACUGUUCUGAUAAACACUACAGGAUGUAUGUAGUGAAUCUGAAGAACAAACGGUAUGAUUAUCUUGACAGCCUUUACCCUGACGACCUUGAUUCCAAGUUUCGUGCUGUUGCGGAUAUGGUGGUCCGCUAUGCCACAGAAUACAUUCCU